GGGCGGAGGCAAGGCUGGGGCAGGGGAGUCAGCAGAGGCCUCGCUCGGGCGCCCAGUGGUCCUGCCGCCUGGUCUCACCUCGCCAUGGUUCGUCUGCCUCUGCAGUGCGUCCUCUGGGGCUGCUUGCUGACCGCUGUCCAUCCAGAACCACCCACUGCGUGCAGAGAAAAACAGUACCUAAUAAACAGUCAGUGCUGUUCUUUGUGCCAGCCAGGACAGAAACUGGUGAGUGACUGCACAGAGUUCGCCGAAACGGAAUGCCUUCCUUGUGGUGAAAGCGAAUUCCUAGACACCUGGAACAGAGAGACACGCUGCCACCAGCACAAAUACUGUGACCCCAACCUAGGGCUUCAGGUCCAGCAGAAGGGCACCUCAGAAACGGACACCAUCUGCACCUGUGAAGAAGGCCGGCACUGUACGAGUGAGGCCUGUGAGAGCUGUGUCCUGCACCGCUCAUGCUCGCCCGGCUUUGGAGUCAAGCAGAUUGCUACAGGGGUUUCUGAUACCAUCUGCGAGCCCUGCCCAGUCGGCUUCUUCUCCAGUGUGUCAUCUGCUUUUGAAAAAUGUCACCCUUGGACAAGCUGUGAGACCAAAGACCUGGUUGUGCAACAGGCAGGCACAAACAAGACUGAUGUUGUCUGUGAAAAAGUGGCCAAGAAGCCAACCGCUAAGGCCCCCCACCCCAAGCAGGAACCCCAGGAGAUCAAUUUUCCCGACGAUCUUCCUGGCUCCAACACUGCCGCUCCAGUGCAGGAGACUUUACAUGGAUGCCAACCGGUCACCCAGGAGGAUGGCAAAGAGAGUCGCAUCUCAGUGCAGGAGAGACAGUGAGGCUGCACGCAGCCAGGAGUGUGGCCACGUGGGCAAACAGGCACUUGGCCAGAGAGGCUGGUGCUGCUGCUGCUGUGGUGUGAGGGUGAGGGGCUGGCACUGACUGGGCACAGCUCCCCCCUCCCGCCUGCACCCCUGCAGUUUGAGACAGGAGACCUGGCACCAGAUGCAGAGACAGUUCACCUUGAAGAACCUCUCACUUCACCCUGGAGCCCAUCCAGUCUCCCAACUUGUAUUAAAGACAGAGGCAGAAGUUUGGUGGUGGUGGAGGGGGGGUAUGGUUUAGUAAUAUCCACCAGACCUUCUGAUCCAGCAGUUUGGUGCCCAGAGAGGCAUCAUGGUGGCUUCCCUGCACCCUGGAAGCCAUAUACACAGAUGCCCAUUGCAGCAUUGUUUGUGAUAGUAAACAACUGGAAGCUGCUUAACUGUCCAUCAGCAGGGGACUGGCUAAAUAAAAUUAGAAUAUAUUUAUACAACAGAAUUUCAAAAACACUGUCGAGUAAGGAAAAAGCAUGCUGCUGAAUGAUGGGUAUGGAACCUUUUUUAAAAAGUACAUGCUUUUAUGUAUGUAUAUUGCCUGUGGAUAUAUGUGUAAAUACAA